CCAACUCGCUCUAGUAGCUGUGGUUCGGGCUCGGGACCGGCUGCCAUCUUAGUCGAGGGACUGAAGAGUCGCCGCCGCCCCGAGUCCCGGUAAAAAUCCGCGGGCGGACUGGAGGUAACAUGCAUUUAACAGUGGCCUUCUGGAGACAGCGCCUUAACCCAAAGAAGUGACUCCAAACAGUGAAAACUUCAGGUUUGCCGUCCUGUUGGUGUUAUGUCUGACAGUGGAUCACAGCUUGGUUCAAUGGGUAGCCUGACCAUGAAAUCACAACUCCAGAUAACUGUCAUUUCAGCGAAACUUAAAGAAAAUAAAAAGAAUUGGUUUGGGCCAAGUCCUUAUGUGGAAGUCACAGUAGAUGGACAGUCAAAGAAGACAGAAAAAUGCAACAAUACGAACAGUCCCAAAUGGAAGCAACCUCUUACAGUUAUCGUCACCCCUGUGAGUAAAUUACAUUUUCGUGUGUGGAGUCACCAGACACUGAAAUCUGAUGUUUUGUUGGGAACUGCUGCAUUAGAUAUCUAUGAAACAUUAAAGUCAAACAAUAUGAAACUUGAGGAAGUAGUUGUGACUUUACAGCUUGUAGGUGACAAAGAACCAACAGAGACAAUAGGAGAUUUGUCAGUUUGUCUUGAUGGGCUGCAGCUAGAGUCUGAAGUUGUUGCUAAUGGUGAAACUACAUGUUCAGAAAGUGCUUCACAGAAUGAUGAUGGCUCCAGACCCAAGGAUGAAACAAGAGUGAACACAAAUGGAUCAGACCACCCUGAGGAUGCAGGGUCUGGUGAAAAUAGGAGGGUCAAUGGGAAUAAUUCUCCAUCACUCUCAAAUGGCGGUUUUAAACCUUCUAGGCCUCCAAGACCUUCACGACCACCUCCACCUACCCCACGUAGACCAGCAUCUGUCAAUGGCUCACCAUCUGCCACUUCUGAAAGUGAUGGCUCUAGUACAGGCUCUCUGCCACCAACGAAUACAAAUUCAAAUACAUCUGAAGGAGCAACUUCUGGAUUAAUAAUUCCUCUUACUAUAUCUGGAGGUUCAGGCCCUAGGCCAUUAAAUCCUGUACCUCAAGCUCCCCUCCCACCCGGUUGGGAGCAGAGAGUGGACCAGCAUGGACGAGUUUACUAUGUAGAUCAUAUUGAAAAAAGAACAACGUGGGAUAGACCAGAACCUCUACCUCCUGGCUGGGAACGGCGGGUUGACAACAUGGGACGUAUUUAUUAUGUUGACCAUUUCACAAGAACAACGACGUGGCAGAGGCCAACAUUGGAAUCCGUCCGGAACUAUGAACAAUGGCAGCUCCAACGUAGUCAGCUUCAAGGAGCUAUGCAGCAAUUUAACCAGAGGUUCAUUUAUGGGAAUCAAGACUUGUUUGCUACAUCACAAAAUAAAGAAUUUGAUCCCCUGGGUCCCCUGCCACCUGGAUGGGAGAAGAGAACGGACAGCAAUGGUAGAGUAUAUUUUGUCAACCACAAUACUCGUAUUACACAAUGGGAAGACCCCAGAAAUCAAGGUCAAUUAAAUGAAAAGCCCUUACCUGAAGGCUGGGAAAUGAGGUUCACAGUAGAUGGAAUUCCAUAUUUUGUGGACCACAAUAGAAGAACAACCACCUAUAUAGAUCCCCGCACUGGAAAAUCUGCCUUAGACAAUGGACCCCAGAUAGCCUAUGUACGGGACUUCAAGGCAAAGGUUCAGUAUUUCCGGUUCUGGUGUCAGCAACUGGCCAUGCCACAGCACAUAAAGAUUACAGUGACAAGAAAAACAUUGUUUGAGGAUUCCUUUCAGCAGAUAAUGAGCUUCAGUCCCCAAGAUCUGCGAAGACGUUUGUGGGUGAUUUUUCCAGGAGAAGAAGGUUUAGAUUAUGGAGGUGUAGCAAGAGAAUGGUUCUUUCUUUUGUCACAUGAGGUGUUGAACCCAAUGUAUUGCCUGUUUGAAUAUGCAGGGAAGGAUAAUUACUGCUUGCAGAUAAACCCCGCUUCUUACAUCAAUCCAGAUCACCUGAAAUAUUUUCGUUUUAUUGGCAGGUUUAUUGCUAUGGCUCUGUUCCAUGGGAAAUUCAUAGACACAGGUUUUUCUUUGCCAUUCUAUAAGCGUAUCUUGAACAAACCAGUUGGACUCAAGGAUUUAGAAUCUAUUGAUCCAGAAUUUUACAAUUCUCUCAUCUGGGUUAAAGAAAACAAUAUUGAGGAAUGUGGUUUGGAAAUGUAUUUUUCCGUCGAUAAAGAAAUUUUAGGUGAAAUCAAGAGUCAUGAUUUGAAACCCAAUGGUGGCAAUAUUCUUGUAACAGAAGAAAAUAAAGAGGAAUAUAUCAGAAUGGUAGCUGAAUGGAGGUUGUCUCGCGGUGUUGAAGAACAGACACAAGCCUUCUUUGAGGGCUUUAAUGAAAUUCUUCCCCAGCAGUAUUUGCAGUACUUUGAUGCAAAGGAAUUAGAGGUUCUUUUAUGUGGAAUGCAAGAGAUUGAUUUGAAUGACUGGCAAAGACAUGCCAUCUACCGUCAUUACACUAGGACAAGCAAACAAAUCAUGUGGUUUUGGCAGUUUGUUAAAGAAAUCGAUAAUGAGAAGAGAAUGAGACUUUUGCAGUUUGUAACUGGAACCUGCCGAUUGCCAGUUGGAGGAUUUGCUGACCUCAUGGGGAGCAAUGGGCCACAGAAAUUCUGCAUUGAAAAAGUUGGGAAAGAAAAUUGGUUGCCUAGAAGUCAUACCUGUUUUAACCGCCUGGACCUGCCACCCUACAAGAGCUAUGAGCAACUGAAGGAAAAGCUAUUAUUUGCUAUUGAAGAAACAGAAGGAUUUGGACAAGAGUGACUUCUGAGAGCUUGCACCGCCAAAGGACAAGAACUUAUUUGCAAUGUUUGUCCUUUUCCUUCUUUGCCUAUUGCACAUCUUGUAAAAUUGGACUGUGACUGUUUAGAGAGUUACCUUGAGUGUAAGUAAAUUAAUGUUAUCGUUGAGAUUUAUCUCCCAGUGAUUCUGGAUUUCUUUUCAAUGUUCCAGAAAUCAGAUCUGCAAAUGACUAGUCAAAACCUUACUUAACAUGGAAUUAACACAACGAUGAAAUCUGCCUUGUCUUAUUCCACUAGAUUGUUUCCUUAACAAAAAUUUUGUAUAUGUGUAUCAGAAGUCUCAUUUGGGAGUAGGGUUUUUUCUUUUAGAGAUUCUGAAAAUAUGCAGGGAAGUCCCUUGGUAACUAAAAUAUGUAAGAUCUUCCUAUUAAGCCUCAUGGUAAGAGGUAUUUGUUUAAAAUAGCCCAGCUUCUGGGGAUGUGAGCAAACUUCUGGCCUGUGCUCUCCCUCUUAUUUCAGCCUGGCCUGACUGUUGUUUUUCCUUUCCGGAGCAUGAAAUCCAUGCAUCAUUUUGAUGUUAUCUCUAGAAAGGAGAGAUAUGAGACUCUUGUAUCUCCCUACAAAGUAGUUUUGUUAAUUUGAAUUCAGAGAGAAGUUGGUCCCAGCCUGCAAAUGACUGCAUAACUCUCUUCAUUUGGAAGUUUGUUUUAAUUGCCUUGCAAAUACUAAACUUCACAAACAGUAUUAACACUAUGCUUCCUUCACUGUCUGUAUAAAAGUUAACCUAGAAUUGGAAUCAAUUUAGCUGAAUUCUUUGAAGGCCAUCAACAAUUUUUAUAUGUUCCUGUAUAUUAAUUGCAUCUUUAUAAUUUUAUCAUAAUCCAACAACUUCAGUUACAUUUAAUUAUUGCUAAGGAGUUCAAGUUAUAUCUAGAGUGCUUUCUAAUCCAAGUAGAGGUCAAUGAAACAUCCUGUAAAAUUACAUUUUCAUUAGGGAGGGAGAGCUGUGGUACUGGCUAAAAAGAAGAGAGUAAUACGUUUAUUCACAAUACAUUUCUAGUAACCACAGAAAUGUAUUCUCUAUGUGAAUUAAAACUUUUUAAACUGAUAAUUUCUCUGACACCUGUUAGAGUAGUUAUUUCCAUUCUUUCCCUUGUCCUGAUCUGGAUAUUCUGUUCACCUCUAAAAAUUUUAACAGGUUUUCCCCAUGACUGUUAGAUUGCUCUGUUAGUAACUGAUUAAUGAAUGCACUUUGACCUUCUCUGUGGUAAUUUUUUUAACUUAGCCUGCUUAGACUCUGUCAAGAUGACUGCUGUCAGAGGUUUGACUUUAUGGACAGUGGGAGGAAGCCGAAGCCAGCUGAGUGCCUAUCAUAGCCGAACCCUGAGGACAGCCUCAUAACUCAUGAGAUAGGGACUUUGGCAGGUUUCAGUACCAUAGCGUGAACAAAUAGCAUUGAGCCAAAAAUCAGCAGAGAAUAGCAAACCCCUGUUGUAUAUGGAAAGAGAAUGGGGGUUUUUGUCCCUAACUACUCUUCCUUUUACAUCUUGGAAAAACAACAAAAACACUUUGCAACUUGUGUAUCUGUACUCUAAAACACUGCCAUCAUAAAGCAGACUUACGUGAGUGAAAGGGUUGCCUCAUCUAGAAAUUGUUAGUGUAAAGGGAGAGAUUGGGCUCCCCCCAAUCCUGUCUUUAUUUUGAUUUUAUUCUACUUACUCUAGGAAAUGUAGUACAGUCUCUAAGCCCUAGUUGUUUUCAAAGUAGUGACUCUGCCUUUUUGUUGGUAGGGGGCAAAAAACUGUUGCUUUGUCUUACAGAGCGAAUGUCUGCCAACUACCCAUUCGUUAUAUAAGUCUGAAUUUUGGUAAUAUAUGGCUAUGGAGAUUAAGCCUUCUAUAAAGACUUCCUAUUGAGGUGAAUGCUCACAUUGAAAUGUAGUUACCUACAAUAUUUACUAUAGAUUUAUGAGAUUAAAUUAAGAGAUAAUGUAAGAAAGUAGACUUUUUUUGUUCUACGUAAUGCUUGAUGAUUCAUUUAGGGACCUAGAAAUAUUGUUCAAAAAUGUAUAAAUAUCAUCCAAAAGGCUUUCUGCCCUAUAUUUUUAAAAUACAGAAUAGUUAUAUUUGAAGUAGUCCUGGCCCUAGUUCUAUAGGGCUUGGCUAUUUAAUAUUUUUAUGGAAGAAACGUUUAGUUCUGGAAAAGGUAAAUGCUUGUAUAUAUUUUUGCAGCCUGGGAUCUCCCUUACUCCAUUUCUUCCUUUAAUUUAAAUGGCCACAUGUAUAUGUCUUUCCCUGCUGUGUUAGGAAAAUGGGGGCUGGAUAUCCCAAGAAUCAGAGGUUAUAUAAAAAUACUGCAAAUAGACAGCAGACAUAAAUAUCUACCAAAUACUAUCUUAAAUUUUGGUCCAAAUUGAUCAUUUGGAAAUAGAUUUAUUGUAAGUGUUUAAUUAGAGCGAUUUCUUAAAUCUGAACUAAAUUGCUUUUAGAGUCCUUUUUUCUUUGUAAGCAUUGUAAAUGCUAAUAAAUCCUGUUAAUUUUUUUACUGCAUGUUAUGUUGAAAUAAAAACAAAGUAAAAUGAGCAAUUGCCUUAUUCUUCUGCUCUUUUGGGAGGUUGGGGAAGGCAGCAUUUCACAUAGCCUGGGUCUGGAGGGAAGGACCUCACUUGUUUCAUCAAAUAGAGUGAUUUAAAACUGGUCCAGCAGCUCAUAAUAAUGAAUUACUGCUCUUUCUUUUAUGAUCUUAUAUCAGAGUGCAGAAGAAUGUAAUUUCGUAAGACUUACAAUAACUCUAUUUAAAAUUCAGGUACUAGUUUUUCAUCAAGAGAUUGACAUACCAAUGUCAAUUCAUCUGAAAUUUUAGUGAAACAUGACUCACCUGCCCAAAGAGGUCUCAUCCUAAAUGAACUCUUUCAGUCAAACCCACUCUGCCACUUUUUAUUUACCUGGUUAAUAAUCUGAAAUGUUAUUAGGGAUGACUCAUGGAAUUAGACUUCUCUAUUUUUUAUAUCCCUCCUUGUUUUGGAUGUUAACUCCAUCCUUUUAAACUCCUUUAGGUUAACUACUUCUAUUUAAUAUUAUUGGCAUCUCCAGCCCCCCUCAUUUUUUUGUUUUUCUUUUAGAGUUAUUUACAAAAUUAUUUGUAUAUAUGCUAUGCUUUCAUUAACCAAAAAUGGAAUGGCAGCACUGGAUUGUAUAUUACUGUAUUGGAGUUCCUUUGUUUUCUUGAACUGUAAUUUCAAACACUCAGGUAACUUUACAAAUACCACAAGGAGUGAAGUGCUCUUAUAAAGGUCCUGCAGGGGGCUGCCUCACUUGCAUUUCCUUAAAAGUUGUAAGACUGUUUACAAUUAAACUUUUUGGUCUUUCAUU